GUAUAAAUAAUAUAAAAUAGGUUUUGAAAUCAUAAAGAUGUGAACAUUUUAAAUCGAAAAUGUAUAACAGAGAACUUUAGCUUUGGCGCUUUCAGGAUCGCACUCGCACGUGAGAAGUUUAGAAUCGAUAAAGUGUUCGCGUUGGGGGUCAACUGUAGGACGAAACAUCAUUCUGCUUCGAAGGGUCUGAGUGGCUUGUCACGCGUUACGUUAGAUUUUUAAUUUCUAAAUACAGUACCAGUAAUCACUGUUUCAAAAUGCCUGUCCAAAGUAUCAAGGCACGACAAAUCUAUGAUUCUCGUGGUAACCCCACUGUGGAGGUUGAUCUUGUAACAGACAUGGGUCUGUUCAGGGCUGCAGUACCUUCGGGUGCAUCAACUGGUGUUCAUGAAGCCUUGGAACUACGAGACAAUGAUAAGUCAAAAUAUCAUGGGAAAUCUGUCUUUAAAGCUGUAGAUAACAUUAAUACUAUUAUUACGCCUGAAUUAUUGAAGGCAAAUUUGGAAGUUACACAGCAAACAGACAUUGAUAACUUCCUUUUAAAACUUGAUGGUACACCAAAUAAAUCAAAACUUGGUGCAAAUGCACUUCUGGGUGUGUCAUUGGCAGUUUGUAAAGCAGGAGCUGCUAAGAAGGGAGUGCCAUUAUACAAAUAUAUUGCAGAAUUAGCUGGAAAUGCCAACAUUAUUCUACCCGUUCCAGCUUUUAAUGUUAUCAAUGGUGGUUCCCAUGCAGGAAAUAAAUUGGCAAUGCAGGAGUUCAUGAUUUUACCUACAGGAGCUGCUAACUUUACAGAAGCAAUGAAAAUGGGUAGUGAAGUUUAUCAUCAUCUUAAAGCUGGUAUUAAGAAGAAGUUUGGUCUUGAUGCCACUGCAGUUGGUGAUGAAGGCGGUUUUGCACCCAAUAUUUUGGAGAACAAGGAAGCUCUAAAUUUAAUCAUUGAUGCUAUUAAAGUCGCUGGAUAUGAAGGAAAAAUUAAGAUUGGUAUGGAUGUUGCUGCAUCUGAAUUCCAUAAAAAUGGAAAGUAUGAUUUGGACUUCAAGAAUGAAAAGUCUGAUCCCAAUACAUACCUGGAACCACAAGCCUUGAAGAAUUUAUAUUUAGAAUUUGUUAAAGAAUUUCCGAUUGUUUCGAUUGAAGAUCCAUUUGAUCAGGAUGACUGGGAAUCAUGGACGUCUAUGACUUCGUCUACUCCUAUUCAAAUUGUGGGUGAUGAUCUCACUGUCACAAAUCCUGAAAGGAUUGCAACUGCUAUAGAGAAGAAAGCUUGCAACUGUCUUCUAUUGAAGGUUAACCAAAUAGGUACCGUUACAGAAUCAAUUAAUGCUCACAAACUUGCCAAAAAUGCUGGUUGGGGCACUAUGGUAUCUCAUCGAUCUGGAGAAACAGAAGAUACAUUUAUCGCUGAUUUAGUUGUUGGACUUUCAACUGGUCAGAUUAAGACUGGCGCACCUUGUCGUUCAGAACGUUUAGCCAAGUACAAUCAAAUUCUACGUAUUGAAGAAGAGUUGGGCGCAGCUGCCAAGUUUGCAGGCGAGAAAUUCCGUAAUCCUCAGGCUUAAAAAUUCUGCCAUUUUCUUCAGUGAUGUAAGGCGUUCUAGUUAUUAUAUUCAUCGUAACGAAAAUGAAAACCUGUACUUCUAUCACCAUUAAAAUUGUGUUGGUUAAAUAGAGUAAAAUAACUUUAAUCGUAGCGUGACGAAUUAUGGGAAUUAUACAGAUAGACUUAGAUACGAAGAGUAAAAUGUAGUCACUGCUAAAAAUAUCAGAGAUUACUUAAUUAAUUGAUAUCAUUACGAUUACAAAGUAUAACAGGCAGGUUACCAGUGCAUUUUAAAAUACCAGUAAUUCAGACAUAUAAAUGUGUGAAAUUAUUUAUUAUGUACCUACUGCUUCCUUUUUCGUAUGUAUUUUGAAGGUUUGGAUGUUGUUCAACUCAUUGUUGAAUUAGAUGAGGUUUCCUAACUUAAACGUAUCAAAGAAUAAGUAGGCCUGGUGUCUGCCAAUUUGGAAGCGCAAAUAAAAAAUUGUGAAUAAACGUUACGAUGAUUGUUAAUUGUUACAUGUAUGAAUACUAUACAUAAUAAUAAAGACAGAAAAAGUGUUUAAAUACAAAUUAUAGAUA